GAAACAAUUACCAAUAUGGUUGCCACGGAAAAGAAGUUUGUGCUCACCCACAUUUUCAAAAAUGUUUCCAAAAUGAAGGACAGCGAUUUUUUGUACAGUCCUGAAGAAAAUCUUUUCAAUGUACCGUGGUUUAUGUUAAUUGCACGCAAGGAUGAUCACUUUGGAGUAUUUCUACACUGUCAAAAAAUUAAUGAAGCAGGUCCAACGUGGUCUGUUGAUACUCAAAACACCAUAAGAGUCAAGACAUUGAGUGCUUCAAAAGUUUCCUCAGAGAUUUUUAAGCAUAAAUUUGAAAAAAACGAGGGCUGGGGAUAUUUUAAGUUUAUCAGUUGGGACACACUGACAAAUGACUACCUAAUUGAUGACUGUAUCAUUGUUGAAAUAACUGUUAAAAUCACAAAAAUGACUGGAAUCCCGAAGAAAGUGCUCAGAAGCUUCGAUAAAUCAGCUGAAGAGUUUUCUGAUGUGGUUCUUGAAGUUGGAGGGAAGAAGUUCUAUGUUCUCAAGAAGUUUCUCGCCUCCCACUCAACAUACUUCAAUGCUCUUCUUCUCGGGAAGCCUGAGAUGUCAGAAGUCACAAUCCAAGACACCAGUUCAGUCGAUUUCCAGAACCUUCUCGAGGUUCUGUACGGAGAACCUGCAAUUGAUGAGGACACAAUCGAUGGAAUUCUUACCUUGGCUCACAAGUUCACCAUGCCGCUUCCGAUUCAAAAAUGCGAAGAGUUUUUGAUCGAAAAAUCUGAGAAAUCAGUAAAGGAGAAACUCAAACUGGUUAAGAAAUAUCAGCUGAAGAGUUUAAAGACGCAUUGCCUCUCAAAAAUCAAUACACCCUACGGAAUCAACGCAUUGAUGCCAUUUGAUCAUAAUGACAUGGAUCCAGAAGUAGUUAUGGCUCUUCUUAAAAAAUCAUUGGCCACUGAUGAGUUUUAUUUAGAUUGUAUUAUGCGCUUCACGGUAAUUUGUUUGAUAUUUAUCACUGUCGGCCUCAUUAUCUAAUAUUGAAAGAAUCUUUGGCUCAUCGAUCACACAAAUAAGUUACCUCACGCUCUUUUUCAAUUUUGUUACCAAAACCUUGUUUUUGUUUAAAAUAUCCUUUUUUUCUGGAAGAAACUCUCCACAUCCUCAUUUCAAGUUACAUUUGCAUGUUUUCUAUUGUUUUUUUUUUACAUACAUAUGUAUAAUUAUGAAGCAAAUAAAUUAAUUUACUGGC